GGUCGAUUGUCAUUAAACUGUUCCAAUUUCCAAACGUGUCGACAGGAACGAUAGCAACAUCAACGAUUGUUCCUAUAAAACCUGAGAGUGUUGCAUCUGACAAUUCCUAAAACAACUCAAGAGUUUUCCCUCUUCCUGAUUUGUUUUUGGCUUCUUUGUCUAUUGAAAUUGACACGUAAUAGCCGUGACUCUCUAUUAACCAGACCUCCAUCUCCGUCUCCGACAACUUUUCUUUUUUUUUCUCCUUGUAAUAAACUCUGCCCCAUAUUCGCAUUUUUUUCUUUGCCUCGGUUUCUUCGCUGUUGGCCUAUAUAAACCCGAGGGUCGGCUUUUUCGUGUACCCAACAAGGCGAACAACCUCUUUUCUUUUCUUCUGGGAUUUUCACUUUUGGUUUCUGGGUUGUUGUCUUUUAAGAAUGGCCAAUGCUAUGUUGCACCAAACAGUUGGUACUCUUCACCUUCUCAGCAAUUCUGGAAUUCAUUGUGAAGUUGGGAACAAUUCAGUAAGGUUGCUUCCCAAAAGUUUUAAGGUGGAAGUUGGGUUCUCAAAAAGAGGGACAUACAGUUCUGGAGAGAGGAAAUUCAGUGUUAUUCAAGCCUCAGCUUCCCAAACCUCUCUUUUUGAUCCUGUUUUAUCUCCCUCAAAUAAUGGGACCCAUGAAUCUCGCAAGAAAUCAAAUGAAGCAGCUUUGAUACUGAUUCGCCAUGGUGAGUCUUUAUGGAAUGAGAAGAACCUGUUUACAGGCUGUGUUGAUGUGCCAUUAACCAAGAAGGGGGUGGAAGAGGCAAUUGAAGCUGGCAAGAGAAUCAGCAACAUACCUGUCGACAUGAUAUUCACAUCGGCACUAAUUCGUGCACAGAUGACUGCUAUGCUAGCCAUGACUCAGCACCGCCGCAAGAAGGUGCCAAUUAUCAUGCAUAAUGAGAGUGAGCAAGCAAGGGCAUGGAGUCAAAUAUACAGUGAAGACACGAUGAAGCAAUCAAUUCCUGUUAUAGCAGCUUGGCAAUUGAAUGAAAGAAUGUAUGGAGAAUUACAAGGUCUUAAUAAACAGGAAACUGCAGAUAGAUUUGGGAAGGAAAAAGUUCAUGAGUGGCGUAGAAGUUAUGAUAUACCUCCACCCAAUGGCGAGAGUUUGGAAAUGUGUGCUCAAAGAGCUGUUGCAUAUUUUAAAGAUAAUAUUGAACCCCAACUCCUAUCUGGAAAGAAUGUCAUGAUUGCUGCCCAUGGGAAUUCAUUAAGGUCCAUUAUUAUGUAUCUUGACAAAUUAACCUCCCAGGAGGUUAUCAGUUUAGAACUAUCAACUGGGAUACCCAUGCUUUACAUUUUUAAAGAAGGAAAGUUCCUUCGGAGGGGAAGUCCUGUAGCACCAACAGAGGCUGGAGUCUAUGCUUAUACUAGGAGGUUGGCUCAAUACAGGCAGAAAUUAGAUGAGAUGUUGCAUUGACAGUUCCUGUAAGUAUAGGGGCUUCCUUUUGCAUUACCAUCUACAGUUAGUGUUGGUUAUAAUGUUGGACCAAUAGCUCAGAAGGAUAGCUGCCAUCCCAGUUGAUUUUUCCUAUGGAUGCACCUAACCUACUAGUUGCAAGUCCCUGCCUACGUCCUUAAAAGUUCUUGUUAGGUGUCUGCAUCGAAGAUCCUGAACAUUCAUACCCUGUAAUUGAUAUACUGAAAUAAGCCUUGUUUUAUUUUAAUUUUUUUCAGUUUCUACGGUGCUUUUAAUGAUUUCAGACAUUUGCCCUUGUAUUGAGAAAAUAUGGACUGGAAACUCGUCUUUUUAUGCAAUUGGAUUACUUUCUUCCAUGUGCUACUA